AUGAUUUGUAUCUAUCAGAAUUCUAGGGGAUUGACUAACUCCCCUUCUAGAUUGUCCCUUAAAAAUAUGAUUAUGUCCAAUAAACUUGAUCUUCUGUUUAUUGUUAAGCCUUGGAUGUCCCUGGAUAAGAUUCCUCAAAACUGGUUUCUCAAGCUAGGGUUCAAGCUUAUUGUUAUCAAUGAGAGAUUCAACCUUAUGUCCAAUAUGUGGUAUUUUUAUAAGUGUUAG